CAGGAAUAGGAAUAGGAAUGGUUGCUGCUUGGCUGUAGUCAGGAUUAAGACUCUAGGCAAGGCGGGACAACAUGGUGCACGUGCGGGGAAGUGUAGCGUGGCUUGCAAGGAUUGCUAAAGGUCAAAAUGGGAUUCAUCUUUUCAAAAUCUAUGAAUGAAAACCUAAAGACUCAACAAGAGUUCAUGCUUAUGAACUCUAGACUUCAGCUGGAAAGACAACUCCUCAUGCAGAAUCAAAUGCGAGAGAGACAGAUGGCUAUGCAGAUUGCUUGGACACGAGAGUUUCUCAAGUAUUUUGGAACAUUUUUUGGACUUGCAGCUGUGGGCGUAACAGUUGGGGCAGUUAAAAAAAAGAAGCCACAGCUGUUCCUUCCAAUGAUUCCCUUAAGUUUUAUACUUGCCUAUCAGUAUGAUAUGGGCUAUGGAUCACUUCUACAAAGAAUGAAAAGUGAAGCGGAGAACAUACUUGACACAGAGAAUACUAUGCUUGACAUGCCAAAAGGACCCAUCACGUUUGACGCCCUUGAAAAAGCCAGAAGAGCACAGAGCAAGUUUUUUAUUGAAAAAUAAUUUUGUCACAAAGCACUACACCAAGACUAAAAAUUGCUAUUUCUAAUCAUAUUGUUGAUCCAGCAGUGUAUGCAUGGAACCAUUUAAAGUAGCUAAUGAAAGAGAAGUAAGGAUACUAAAUCUAUAUUCUUAUUCUCUUAAAAUUUUGUCCGUUAAUAGAAGAAUAAGAAUAUAGUGUCAAGUUUUAUGAGUGUGAACAGUGGGGCUUUUAUGUAUUGGGAUGGAAAUUAUUGGCGGGGGGGGGGAUCUAAUGUUACCGGAAUUAGAGGUGAUUUGUAGCAAUUGGCUUCUUCGUGUUUUGUUUGAGCAGAAUUUUGUGGGUUCAAAAGAGUGUUUUUAUGCUCUGAGGAUCAGACCCUCCCCCACCCUUGCUGCGUACACUUGAGUUCAUGAACAAGUUGUCUAUUUCAGUAGUAAAUAAUGUUAUUGGCCACACUACAGAACACCAGUUAUAUGGUUCCUCCAUGGCAUCCAUAUUGUGAUGGUGCCCACACUUUCUAAGCUACUUUUUAGCUAAAGUAGCUAACAUCAGCUUCUUGGCAAGAAAGAUAAGUAAGGAUGCUAAAUCUAUAUCCUUAUUCUCCUAUUGGUGGGCAAAAUUGUAAAUUUUUGUGUACAUUUAACAAUGUUUUAGGGUUUUUUUGUUAAUUGGGCUAAUCAUGGACAGUUCCUGAAAGUGCAGAGAAGAAAUGUGCAUGCAUAGCACCCUAGCUGGCUCAGAGCAGAGAUUUUGAAAAAUAUUGUAUAAAUGUAAUGAUUUGUAAAAUAAAACUGAUUUAAUACCAA